AUUUUUUACACACCCCAAAUUGCAAGUACAAGUACCCUACCGAAGUGUACCAACACUCUCAAAUUCCCGUAACAUAACCAAAUAAAGGAGGUUAAUGUUAUAUACACUCAAAAGGUUCAGGACCAAAACGUAUAUACGUUAUAGUUUUGAACUCAAAGAGUCAAAAGUGGAUUUCUAAUACUUUGUGUCAGCACCCUUUAAAACCCUAUCACUUUUAUGCCGCCACUUUAAUCCCAUUCCGUUAACUCUCCAAUUCCCCGAUCAUCUUUUCCGUCAAAAUGCAAUCUCCGGCCACCCUCUCCCGCCGCUUCCUCACCGGCACCACCCCAACCCCCACCCUCCUCCACCAUCCAAACCCCACUUCUCUCCGCUCCCGCCCCACCACCGUUCGAAUGGCACUCCGCGAAGACGGCCCAUCAAUCGCCGUCGUUGGCGUCACCGGCGCCGUGGGCCAGGAAUUCUUAUCCGUCCUCUCCGACCGUUCGUUCCCAUACCGAUCUAUCAAAAUGCUGGCGAGCAAACGGUCAGCCGGAAAGAAAUACACGUUUGAAGACAAUGAAUAUGUUGUUGAAGAGUUGACUGGUGAGAGUUUUAAGGGUGUGGAUAUUGCUCUGUUUAGUGCUGGUGGGUCGAUUAGUAAGGAGUUUGGGCCGGUCGCUGUUGAGUGUGGGACGGUUGUGGUGGAUAAUAGCUCGGCGUUUCGGAUGGUUGAUGGUGUUCCGUUGGUUAUUCCGGAAGUUAAUGGGGAUGCUAUGAAGGAUGUUAAGUUGGGGAAAGGGGCGUUGGUUGCGAACCCGAAUUGUUCUACUAUCAUUUGUUUGAUGGCUGCUACCCCUCUUCAUCGUCGUGCAAAGGUGUUGCGUAUGGUGGUUAGUACAUACCAGGCUGCUAGUGGUGCUGGUGCUGCUGCUAUGGAAGAGCUUGAGCUGCAGACUCGUGAGGUUCUUGAAGGGAAAAGACCAACUUGUAACAUCUUUAAACAACAGUAUGCUUUUAAUCUAUUCUCACAUAAUGCACCAGUUCUUCCAAAUGGAUAUAACGAAGAAGAAAUGAAAUUAGUAAAAGAAACAAGGAAAAUCUGGAACGACAAGGAUGUCAAAGUGACCGCCACAUGUAUACGCGUUCCAGUUAUGCGGGCCCAUGCCGAGAGUGUGAACCUACAAUUUGCAAGUCCACUUGAUGAGAAUGAAGCGAGAGACAUUUUGAAGAAAGCUCCCGGUGUAGUUGUUAUCGAUGAUCGUGCUAGCAACCGUUUUCCUACUCCUCUGGAAGUUUCGAACAAGGAUGACGUGGCAGUUGGUAGGAUUCGUCAAGAUGAAUCUCAAGACGGAAACCAUGGAUUGGAUAUAUUUGUAUGUGGCGACCAAAUACGCAAGGGUGCUGCUCUUAACGCCGUUCAGAUUGCAGAGAUGUUGCUGUAACGGAGAUGUUUCGUUUAUUCAGUUUCAGGUAAAUUAAGAUGUUUGAAUUAGCUGUUGAAGAGGAUCUGCAUUGUUUUUAAAAGUUAUGGCUGGUGUAUGUUAUGAGUACCUGUAAACAUGCAUAUUUAAAUCAACUUUAUCGCAAUUUUGAUGGUUAUAUUUUCUCGGUUAAGGAUUUAGGUUGAGAGUUAUGUUGUCGGUUUGUGUUAAAGACUUGGCUCAAAAGGACCAUGUUGUCGCAAUAAAAUUGUUAAGUCUUUGUUUGUUAUUA